GCGCAUUGCGCUCUGCGCGGGCACUUCCGAUUACUUGUGUGGGCGGAAAGCGCGUAUACUAACGUCGAAGUCGCUCAGUGGCGCAUUUCAUGAUCAGUGGCUCAUUCAUUGGAAAUUUAAGGAUUUAAUUGUACUUAAUUUGGAAAUUAAUUGGGUGGCACAGCGGAAUGUCGCAGGAGAUCUUGGACCUAGAGGAGUGCGUUCGUACGUAUGUCAACGAGUUCCAGCUCGACAAGAGUCAACGGAAGGAUGCAGACGACAUCCUCUCAACCGAUAUCAAUUGGCGCCAUGUGCGUAUUCACCACGGGAAAACCGAGUACUACGACCAAGUGAAACAGUCGACACCGAAAACCCACGUGCUCUUUACCGCGCAUUUUACAAACGACACUGACCAGCCGCAGGUGUACACGUUAAAAACGGAACGAAGGACGAAGUCAACAUGUAGCAUAUCAAUGGAGAAAUGUUACACUAUUGGAAUGAGUCUUGAAAUUAAGCUGUGUCCGCCAAAUCCAGUCAUAGAGGCAAACGCUGGGUUCAAAGGUGAGAUGUCAGUAAAGCGAGCAGACGCUGAGUCGUUUGAAGAAGAGCUCGUCUGGUCGGUCGAUAACCAAAUCAGCGUCCCGCCAAAAUUCAAAACGAAAGCGGACCUGGUGCUAAAAGAGGAUGAGUACACAAGCCAUUUCAAGUGUGAAACUAAAUUUGAGGGUAAAAUUCACGUGACCUUGAGAAGCAAGCGAGACAACUCGCCCAUAACGACCAUUACAGCAGACGUACGGAAUAUUUUCCGGGCGGACGGUGGAUUUAGAGUGGACAAAACCGGGGUUUAUUUUAUCUCCCAAGGGCGUUGUAAAUGUAGGUUUGGAAUUGAGCAGCACGUGAAACUCAGCCAAAUAGCCCUCAAAGAUGUUAGUGACGCUGACGAGAAUGAAAAUGUCGAAUAAGAGAAUACAUUUGAUUACAUAUCAAUUUUUAAUUUGCCAAUAACAUUUACGUACUAGAUGUGUAGCGGGUGAAAUGAAUUUACAUUCAAUUACAAUGUGAUAUUUAAGACAUUGACAUUAAGCGCUAAUGUAGAUCAACUUCAUGGUAAUUCAUAAGGUCAUGCAUUUUGGGUGUAAGAGCAUACAUAAUGAUAACUUGAAAUCAAUAAGUUUUUCUUUAAUUCUUCAUCGAUUGCAUGUACGGGUGACAAACUGUUAUAUAUAACCCCAUCUGUCAACCAGUUAUCGAUGUGGCGAAAGGUAGAGUGGUAUUGCACAUUCCAAAUGGAUACGUAACUUACAAGGUCACGGGGUCAACAGCAAGCUCCCAGCUGUCAAUUAACUAUUCAAUUAUAGACCCAUCAUUUCUGUAGUGUGUCAUUAAAUAGCUCAAACGAGAAAAGGAUGACAUUGCAUCUAGCGUGGUUUAAUUGAUUUUAAGCUUACAUCGAAUAAAUUCUAUAAACCUUGAGCAAUUAAAAUGACUACCAUCAAAUUACGAAACGUAAAGACUUUGUGGAGCAGUGUACACUGUCAAGUAGAGUGGAUCGUUUUUUUUAUAUAAAAAAGUAGGAAAAGAUAGAAGCUGCACCAAAAAGUAGAAGAAGCAGGGCCCUAUUGAAAGCUUGUGGAACGUGUUGAGACCGUAGAUGUUUUCAAACCAGAAAACAUUAAUAGAAAAUCCUCUACAUCGCGUGAGUGGAAGUGAUCAGUUUUUACUCGCUAGAGUCUUUGGACAUUGUCGCAAAAAGCCGCUAAUUGUCUUCCAGAAAAACAAUUUGUUGGGUUCCAUUGAUUUUCUUUUCCUCCAACAGGAACAUAUGACCCUAGAGACCCAAAUUAACAUUGUCUGAAUAUUGUGCGAGAUUAAGUUUGCCACUUGUCUGAGUGAAAUAUUGCCAUGUAUCUUGAUGGAUCUUUAUCGGCAAGAUUUCCCGUACAGGUUGUUUGAUAAGAUACGUUUGCGGAACUUGAAGAACAAACACCCCAGUGUUGGAGCUAUCAGAGGAGUUUGAUAUGUAUAUUGAGCUAUAUAUUUUUGAGUGAUAAAAUAAUUUUACCGCUAACUAUCGUUCUGAAAAUGUGAUUUCAAUUCUGGACACAAAAUUGACUUGUUUAAGAGUUUGCACUCUUUAUAUUAAAUGGUUGUUUGAAAAUAACGGGCUUUCCUUUUCGGAAAAAAUGUUAAAUAAUUUUAUAUACAUGUAUAAAGUUAUUGUUUUAUAUUGAAUUAUAUCCAGGCCUGCUGCUUCGUUAAAGCUGCACUCUACAGAUUGUCAGUUUUUGAAACUUUAAAAAAAGUUUUCUCAGAAUCGGCUGAUUUGGGGAUCAAUGCCUUCAUUUCAGUCAUAAUAGACAAUUUUCAAUAUAACCAUUCUCAAAUAAACUGCCGAAAAGUUCAAGUAACGCUUUUAUACAUAGCACAUAAAUUCAAACUUAAUAAUGAUAAAUUGCGAUCUGAUCUUUUAAUACUGGUUUCCAGACAUUUACGCAAAAAUGCCUCAUUCCAAGACAAUUUUUUUUUGCUUUGUUAAAACGAUCAAUCUGUGAGAGUCAGAGAGUGCAGCUUUAAGGAACUCGCUUAUGUUUUUGUACCAUUUUUCCCGGUCAUGCAUCUAAAAACAGUUAUAGUAUGACUGUUUACUCUUUGAUACCGAAAUUACAGAAAAAAUCACUUAAAGUGUAAACUUAUAUUCUGGUUUUAGUGAGGUGCUUAACGACGCCGGUACAGCCAAGGAAAACUGACAACAAAACCUCACACCCACAAGGUCUCAUACACAAACAUUAAGGAUAACUUAACAUUUAAGCCUUUAGUUGAAACGCGUUACUAACACUUCUAUAUCGUGGACUUCAAAGAGAAUAUUUGAGCAUAUAUCAACUGUUGCCGUCGGUAUCAUAGUUUUAACACUCCUAAUGAUUUGCCAAACUUUAUUUCGUCAUUCGAAAAAGGUGCAUUUUUACAAAAAACAUGAGCGAGUUCCUUUCAACCUUGUUUUACUUUGUUUAUAAAAUGAUAAACAGAAUGCUAACAAUUUGUUAUACAAUUGUAUUAAAACAUGUAUACACACUUGUAUCUUGGUCGUACAUCCCAGAGUAGAGAAGGGGGUCGCUGAGAUGAUCUACUAUCAAAAAGCAUCACAAUAUUUCUCAACUAUCAAGUAUCCCGCAAGUCAGUGCGGUAUUUAUUUUUUUCUUAAACUUUGAGCACGCUUCUUAAGUAGCGGCGCCAACAGCUUUCUGCAGUUUCUUUUUAAUAUUGAAUUUAAGAAAAUAUUCAGCCAAUGUAAUUGCAUUUGCUAAUCAUGUAUGCGUUGUCGUAAUAAUAAAUUUGUAUUCGUA